GCUGGCGCUACCGACGGGGCUGGGACCGCCAGGCUGCGAUGCGGACGGGGCCGCGGCGGUGACCGUCGCUGCCGCCCGACAUGAACUCGCUGGAGCAGGCGGAAGAUCUAAAGGCUUUCGAGAGGAGGCUUACUGAAUACAUUCAUUGUUUGCAACCAGCCACUGGACGUUGGAGAAUGCUUCUCAUAGUGGUAUCUGUCUGUACAGCUACUGGUGCCUGGAACUGGUUAAUAGAUCCUGAGACACAAAAGGUGUCCUUCUUCACAUCACUGUGGAACCAUCCAUUUUUCACCAUCAGCUGCAUCACCCUCAUAGGCUUGUUCUUUGCAGGAAUACACAAGAGAGUAGUAGCACCGUCCAUUAUAGCCGCUCGGUGUCGAACAGUAUUAGCAGAGUACAAUAUGUCUUGUGAUGAUACAGGAAAAUUAAUUUUGAAACCUAGGCCUCAUGUUCAAUGACAAUCUGCCCACAUUGUUAUAGGAUCUAAAGCAGUCUUUCUUCAAAUAAGUGAUACAGCAGAAAGCCAUAGAGGAUUCCUUCUGCAGUUGGGUAUGUGAAGGUCAUAGCAGCAGCUGACAGGAAGUGUGCAAUAUUUACCCAGAGGGUCUGAUGAUGACGACUCGCAUUAUCAGUGCUUCAGUGUUAGUGUCACUUUAGUACUUCAGCUCCUGCGAAGAUGUUUGCAGAUGAAGUAUGUAUGUAUGUUACUAAGUUAAACUUAGAAACAGAACCUCAUUCAGUUUUUAUAAUGUAUUUUUGCAAACUACUGUAAAUAGCAAAUCAAUGCCAAUGGUGAAGAAGUUGUGUGGACUUCGUUCUCCUGCAUCAGUAUUUCAGGAACAUCUGCUUGCCAUCCCCACAGCUUUUUAAAACCGGCUAUUAUGUGUGCCUUUCAUUCCUAACUCCUCUUCUAAAAUUACAAUGCAAGAAAACCAUCAGAUUCUGCUGAGACUGAGGAAAACUCAUCCCCAUUAUGUUGUGAGCAGUUAUAGAUGUUUUCAGAAGCCGUUUUUGUUAAAUGAGCAACAACUCCAGCAACUAUUGUGGUUAUAUUUUUCAGUUUGUUAUUUUCAUUCAACACUAAAUACACUUCAUAUUUUAAGAAUUUUAAGAACACCCGAAAGUCCCCUGAAUGUACAAGUUCAGUUAUAAAUUAUGUAUUUGAGAAUUUGAUAGUCCUUGUUUUAGAUAAUUGGGUUUUAUGCUGUGAUAAACAUACUGUUACACAAGUAGUGCUCAGGUGUAACUGAGCACCCUCCAUCACCAGGACAACAUGGGAGUGUGCCACCAACUAGUCUACAAUUCUCGCUGUUCAGAGAGUGUUGAUGACAUACUGUGUAUGCAUAACAGCCACAUGUACUAUAAUAAUAGCCCUUAAAAUUAAACUGUUGGGAUUGCUGUAAAUAUUUUAAAGUACUGGAGGUGCCUUUUACCUGUUCAUUGACGACUUUGAAAAGAUUUAAAUUAUAUGAGCAGUCUUUUAAAUUUCAUUUAACAUAGAGCUGAAAUUUCAAUGAUAGGAAAUUUUAAAUGAGGCUGUCAUUUAACUUAAAUGUGUUCAUUUGGCUUUCAUGUGUAUAAAAUUUUAUUCUUUGAACUGAAGCAAUAAGACCCUCUGCUACUAAGAAGUCUUUUGAGGGUAUUCUAUAUAUUCUACUUCGUUUUAUUUUCUGUAAAUUUUGUAGUAAAUAUGUGUAUAAAAAUAAAUACUUUAUAUAUAACUAGUUAUUAGACUUG